GCUCUUCUCGACUUUCUCAUCCCCGGCUUUAGCGUCUUUUCUUCUGCCAUCCAGACAUACCUCGGUAUCGACCUCAACAUCUACAUUCCCCUCCUUCUCGUCAUCUCUGGCAUCACCUUCGCUUGGACCUACAUCAGCGACUAUGCCUGGGGCAUGAUUGAAAAGUAUCUCAUGUCUGUCGUGCGCAUUCGCACCGACGACGAGAUCUACAACAUCAUCAUGUCCUGGGUUGCAAGCCAGAAAUUCGCCCGAAGCUCUCGCCGCUUCAUCGUCAACACCAACAUCAACUCCCGAAGUUGGUUCCUCUGGCGCUGGGACGAGGAUGAGGAUCAGUAUGAGGAUGGCGACGGUGACGGUUCUCACGGCUCUGCCCCCCGCAAGAAGCCUCUCCAGUACACUCCAUCAUUUGGCACCCACUUCUUCUGGUAUCAAGGCCACCUUCUGCUUUUCGAGCGUCACGAGAACCGCGAGCAGUCUGGCUUCCUUGUCGUGAGCGAGCGUGAGGAAAUCUCCAUCUCUUGCUUCGGCCGCAACCCCCGCAUCCUUAAGGAGCUCCUCAUCGAUGCCCGUGCGCAGUACCUAAAGAAGGACGAGAGCAAGACUUUGAUCUACCGCGGUGCCUCCGGCAGUAACGGCGGUGAUCCUACCUGGCAGCGCUGCAUGACCCGUGCCAGCCGUCCCGUUUCCACCGUCAUCCUCAACGAGAAGGUGAAGAAGGACCUCCUUGACGAUGUAACCGAUUACCUUAACCCAAGCACUCGUCGCUGGUACUCGAACCGCGGUAUCCCCUACCGUCGUGGUUAUCUCCUCUAUGGCCCUCCUGGUACUGGAAAGAGUUCUCUCAGUCUUGCCCUGGCUGGCUUUUUCCGAAUGCGCAUCUACAUGGUCAGCUUGAGUUCCGCCAUGGCAAAUGAGGAGAACCUGGCCUCUCUUUUUGCCGAUCUUCCUCGACGAUGCGUUGUCCUACUCGAAGAUAUUGAUACCGCCGGUCUUACCCACACUCGUGAAGAGGGCAAGGAGGGCGCUACACAGGAAACUGUCGCAGCCCCUGCCGCUCCGGUUGUCCCUGGAAAGGGCGCCGCUGUCCCUCUCCUCCCUGGUAGACUCUCCCUCUCUGGUCUUCUCAACAUCCUCGAUGGUGUGGCCUCUCAGGAGGGCCGCGUCCUCAUCAUGACCACCAACCAUCUCGAGAAGUUGGACAAGGCUCUCAUUCGUCCUGGCCGUGUCGACAUGAUUGUCAAGUUUGGCCUCGCCGACUCUGGCAUGAUUUCUUCCAUCUUCCGCGCCAUCUAUGCCCCUUACGAAGGAGAGAACUCUCCUCAGUCCAAGGCUGACGAACUCGAUGCCGAAGCCGCUCAAAAGAAGGCUGCCUUGGAAGAGAAGGAGCGUCUUGAACUCACAGAGCGUAUUGAGGCCCUCGCCGAAAAGUUUGCUACCGCGCUUCCUGAGCAUGAGUUCAGUCCCGCUGAGAUCCAGGGUUUGCUCCUCAAGCACAAGCGGGAUCCUGAGGCUGCCAUCGCGGCUGUGGAUGAGUGGAUAGUCGAGACCCGCAAGGAGAAGAAGCAGAAG